AUGCGUCUGAAUACCGCUCUGCUGCUCGUGGGUGCUCUCCCAGGCCUCUCUGUGGCCGACGGAGUUGUGCGCCGCCGAUUCAACUUCGCUCGCCAGGCCUUUGCCAAUACGACGACCCCUGUCGAGUCCGGUACUACCCUGGUGCCGAGUGAGACUGCUACCACCGCGGUUGCAACAACUUCCACAACCUCAAGCCCCUCUGGCACUUCUUCGGUUGACCUGUCUGACGCUGUCCUGACCAAUGCUGCGAUCAUCGAGGUUGAUGGAAAGCCUGCUGUCCUCAUGACACCUCCCGCCAAUGGCGAGGCUUCUAUUGUUGUGAACGCCGAUGCUCCGGAGACUUCAGCUGGACAGGGUGUCUCUUGCUCUUUCGAUCUGACUGCUACUUCUUCCUCCACCAAGCACAAGCGAGCGGCUACUGACUGCACCCUGGCCGUUGUUCUCGAUGGACAGACCGUCUACAACGAGACCAUUGACGACAAUGCCGGCGCUGCAUCCACCAUUGACACUGAUGCCGUUUACACCUCUUCCAGCCCCUUGCUCCAGAUCAUCGAGACCUGCGGUGAUGAUCCGGUCCCAGUUGUCAUUUCCAACGUCCAGCUUGUGGCCGCUGCCAUCAGCUCCAGCAGCUCGUCGAGCACGGUCCUCAGCACGAGCGCACCCACCAGCUCUGGCACAGUUUCUGGAAACACGACUGAGCCCGUCACUUCCGGAUCCGCCCCGAUCACCACCGGGCCUGUGACCACACCUGCUUCUAGCACUGCUACCGGCACUGACACCGCUACCACCUCUGGAUCUGCCACCGCUAGUGGUGUUGUUCCCACUGAGACUGCUGGCUUCCCUGGUCUGAUUGGCGACUUCGCUUUCUUCGGCUGCGUUGGCUCAGUCGACAACUUCCCUACCUUCAGCCUGUUCGCCUCUAGCGAGUACAUGGAUCUUGAGAUGUGCACAUCUUACUGCGGCAACCAGACCUUCGCUGGUGUCUACGAUGGUGACUGCUACUGCGGAACCCAGAUUGAUGGUGCUCUUACUGAGCGUGUCCCCACUGGCCAGUGCGACAUCCCUUGCCCAGGUGAUGACUCUGAGAACUGCGGUGGUAUCCGCCCUGACUCUGCUCUUGCCCGUCGCCAGGCUGCUAUCCCCAACACCAUCCUGCUGACUGUCUACAUCAACAUCAACCUGCCGGCCACCACUGUCACUGCCACUGUCACCGCCGUGACCACCAUUGUCUCCACUGCUUCCGCUGGAGAUGUUGUUACCGUCACCUCUGCCAUCGCACCCUCAUCCACCACCAUCAUCUGCGUCGGUGGAUACUGUGGUUUCUGGACCUUCGUUGCCUUCCCCGGCGCCGACUGCUCUGGUGAGCUCGUCUAUGUCAUUGAGACUUGCUCUUGCGAGGGUGGCUGGACCUACCAGCCCAAGAUCUGCACUGGCGACAGCUGCGUCGGCAUCACUGUCUACAAGCCGGUUGAGUGCACCAACACCACCACUGCCGUCGGUGUCUGCGCUCCCGCUGCUUGCGACAGCUGCGAGGGUGGCGUCUACUUCACCCAGACUCCCGGUGCCGCCACUGCCACUCUCACUGCUAUUGGUGGCACUCCCACUGGCAGCUCCGGCACUGGCUCCGGCAGCGGUGGCAGCGGUGGCAGUGGCUCCGGCAGCGGUGAGACCACCGCCGUCGUUGUCUCCCAGCCGUCCAGCACCAUCGUCACUGCUGGAUCAGACCGCGUAGCUGCCACUCUUAGCUUCCUCGCCCCGGCUCUGUUUGCUCUCGUCCUCCUGUACUAA